UCUGCUCUCGAGCCCACCAGGAACGAAAGACAACUCUAUCUGCCCUCCAGGAACAGCUAUGAAGUUCCUCUCCGCAAGAGACUUCCAUCCACUUGCCGUCCUGGGGCUGAUGCUGGCGACCGCCACUGCCUUUCCUACCUCACAAGUCCGGAGAGACUACACAGAGGACACCACCCCCAACAAACCAGUACACACCACCUCGCAACAACUCGGAGGCCUGAUUAGUUACAUCCUCAGGGAAGUCUUCGAAAUGAGAAAAGAGUUAUGUGAUAACAGUCCUGAUUGUAUGGCCAAUGACGAUGCUUUGUCAGAAAACAAUCUGGAGCUUCCAGCCAUCCAAAGAAAUGACGGAUGCUUACAAACCGGAUACAAUCGGGAACUUUGCCUAUUGAAAAUCACCUCUGGCCUUCUGGACUACCAGAUCUACUUGGAGUUCGUGACGAACAAUGUACAAGAUGACAAGAAAGACAAAGCCAGAGUCAUUCAGAGUGCUACCAAAACCCUAAACCAGAUCCUCAAACAAGAGGAAAAGGAUCUAAGUAGAAUAGUCACACCUAGCCCAACUGCCAAGGCCCUCCUACUGGAGAAGCUGGAGUCGCAGAAGGAGUGGCCAAGGACCAAGACCAUCCAGCUUAUCCUGAAAGCACUUGAAGAAUUCCUAAAGGACACCAUGAGGGCUACUCGGCAAAACUAGUGUGCUGCGCCUAAGCACGCUAUCUGUGGACAGCCCUCACUGUGAUCGGCAAGCAUACCUGUCGCCGGGUAUCUACCUUAUGUUGUUCUCUACGAAGAACUGACAGUAUGAAUGUUGGGACACUAUUUUAAUAUUUUUUUAAUUUAUUGAUAAUUUAAAUAUGUAAACUGUAAGUUAAUUUAUAAUUAAUAUUUAUAAUUUUUAUGAAUGUCACUUGAAAUAUUAUAUGUAAUAGUUUUGAAAUUAUAAUAUAAAAUCUAUUUGAUCUGAAUAUUCUGUUACAUAG